AUUUGAUGUUUUGAUACAAAAUUGUUUUGAGCUUGGCUACCGGCGGGCGCGUAGAACAUAGCAGAACGUAGGGAAAGGUUAGACUUUGAUGUUUGAAGACGUAGGUUGAAGUGAGCUUAAGAAUUUUUCUCUUUAAUUAUUAGUUUAAUGAUGAGUAGCGAUAGUGAUCAGACCGUUUUGGGCUCAUUGCUGAAAGAAUUCAGAUCAGGUACCCAGUCUACAAAUCUGCAAAGGCGUCCCUCUUUGUAUGUUACCCCAACAAUUACUCAGGGGAAUCAAUCUGUUAAUAAACGUAGUUACUUAGAUAUAAGUGCACCCCAGUCUGUUUCUACGUCUAAAAGAGCAAGAGAUGAAGAUGAAGAUGAAGAUAUAGCGUCCAAUUCAAUGACACCAACCAAGUCGAAGUAUGACAGCAGUCAGUUGGUUCCAGGGUCGCCGUGGGAGGUGCGCCGGCUCCGCGGCGACCUCGUGGUCGCCCGGGCGGAGGUGGCGGCCCUGGAGCGCCAGAUGAAGAGCCUGCACAGCCUGCGCGAGGUGGCGGAGGUUGCCUUCAAGAAGGAGAAGGACAUCCUGUACGAGCAGCUGGAGUCGGAGCGCGAGAAGACGAGGGCCCUGAAGAAACACAACGACGAGCUGCGGCUGAGGGAGUCCGACAGCCGGAAGGACCUGGACGAGGUGAAGCAGGAGCUGAGCGCCGUGAGGACCAAGCUGGAGCUCCAGAUACUGGAGUUCCGCAAGGAGAACACCAACCUCAAGGACAAGCUGAUGGAGGUGGAGCGGACAUGCGACCAGAAGGUCAAGGAGGCCCGGUCCCAGUUCGCAGAGUCGGAAACUCAGCUGAGCUACGCCAAGAAGCAGGUGGAGACGCUCGCCAAACAUGUGAAGGACAGAGAUGCUGAGAUUGGCAAACUGAUUGAAGAGAACAGAGUGCUGGACCAAAAUUACCGUGCCCUAGAAGGGGCCGACAUCAGAGCCCAGCGAAUGGAGCGAGAGCUGCAGGAGAUUAGGAGUGCCAAGGAGGAAGUUCUGUCGAAGCAGGAGAAACUGCGCAACUACGUCAGCAUGGAGGAAGACAACAGGCUCCUGCGAGCCAAGAACAAGGAGCUUCACGGACUGCUGCACGGCAAGUUGCUGCUGGAGGAGCAGGUGAACAGCCUGCGCGACGAGCUGCAAGGCGUGGACGAGGCGGCGUGCGCGGCGGCCAGGCACGCGCAGGAGAACGCCCGUCUGCGCGCCGCACUGGACGCCUGCCGGGAGCUGGCGCUGGAGCCUGCGCAGGGGGGGUCGGGGUCGGGCCCGGAGGGGGGCAACUACGAGGCCGUCCCCGCGCUGCUGAGGCGGCGGCUCGAGGCGCUGUGGGACAAGCACAGGGCGGCCGUCGACGAGAAGCUGGAGACAGUUCAGAACUGGAGGGAGAGCGAGCGCAAGUUGGACAGACUGUCUGGAGAGCUGGAGAAGGCCACGAAGCAGGGGGAGAAACUCCAGGCCACCUACGACCAGCAAGCCACCCUGGUUCGCCGGCUCCAGAAGAAGUUGCUGCUCAUAUCCCGGGAGCGUGACAGUUACCGCCAGCAGCUGGACAUUUUCGAGCGAGACCUGACCAUUGCACCACAGACCACGCAACAGAAGGAGACUGCGUCCCGCAUUGAGUCCCAGGAGAGGACUAUAUCCAUGUACCGUGAAAUGGUGGAGAAGCUGGAGGAAGAAGUUAAUCGAUUGCAAUCCAGUGCCGACGCAGGCAAGUGGGAGCAGAGGCUGCGCAAGGCAGAGGCGGAGCGGAACGCCCUUGUGGCGGAGCGCGACCGGCAGGUGAAGAGGCGGAAGGAGGUGGAGAGCCAGCUAGACGCGUGGGCCGAGCGAGCUUUCCGGGGCGACGAGCAGUCACGCCUCCUCACCAUCGGCCUCAAGGACAACCCGGUGCGCUGGGCGAUCGCGCGCCGGGCGACGGAGCUCGGCGACCUGAAGAAGGAGUGCAAGAUGCUGCGGGCGAGAGUGCGACUGCUGGAGCAGGGCGACCAGGAGGUCACCCGGAACCUGGAGGACCAGCAGCAGGUGGAGAAGGAGCUCAUGGACUUGCGGGACGAGGUGAAGAAGAACGAGGUGAAGAUGAUGCGCCUGAAGGAGGCGUUCCGCAACACCAGCCAAGAGUACCGCGAGGCAGUCUACAUGCUGACGGGCUACACGGUUGAUCGCGAAGAGCCACAGGAGUACAAGCUGAUCAGCGUGUACGCAGAGUCGCCAUCGGACUAUCUCAUGUUCAAGCAGAACACACAGGGGUCGCUGGACCUCCUAGAGACGCCGUUCUCCAGGACGCUGAAGGACAUGAUUGACUUCCACUUGAAAGAGCAGGCCUCCAUCCCCAUGUUCCUGUCGGGGCUCACCGCCCACCUCUUCCACAAGCAGAGCUUGAGCUCCACCGUCGUCGACAAGGACACCAUGAGCCUGUGCAGCAUGGCGGAGUGACGUUGCUCCAGUAUUUUUUAUAUAAAUCUGGUAAUCAUGUUUCAUGUUAUGUAAAUGGCUUCUGUAAUAAAUACUUUUUUUUUUUUC